AUGGAUGGGUUGGUAGAUGUUGUCAGCAAACAAAUAAAGCAAGAAACAACAGUGUUAUGUGAGAGAGAAUAAGCUGAAACAAGCUAAAACAAGCUGAAAGUAGUACAGCCGAACGGGGUGAACAUAGCUUAUGGCAAGGACAAUGCAACCGAUGAGGAAAUCAGAGCUGCAGCUGAGCUUGCUAAUGCCUCCAAAUUCAUAGAUAAAAUGCCCCAGGGUUUUGCUACUUCAGUUGGUGAACAUGGAACACAACUUUCAGGUGGGCAGAAGCAAAGAAUAGCCAUUGCCAGAGCAAUUCUCAAAGAUCCAAGAAUCUUACUAUUAGAUGAAGCAACAAGCGCUCUAGACACUGAAUCUGAAAGGAUUGUACAGGAGGCUCUUGAUAGGGUCAUGACGAACCGGACAACUGUCAUAGUAGCUCACCGUUUGAGCACUGUCAGGAAUGCUGACACCAUUGCCAUGAUUCAUCGAGGAUCAGUAGUCGAAAAAGGUUCGCACCAUGAUCUUGUAAGGGAUCCAGAGGGAGCUUACAGUCAACUGAUACGCCUACAGGAAGCGAGCCAUGCUUCGGAGGGUGCAAACUACCAGAACAAGUCAAGCAGGAAGGGUGAUUCUAGGAUUCACUUAGGCAAACAAAUGUCGACAAAUCAGUCACCAAGCCAAAGGUCACCACAGAACAGCAGCAGCAACCACUUGUUCUCAGUAUCACAUGACGUGCCUCUAGAAAUUGACGUCCAGAACAGUUCAUCAAAGAAUAUAGAUGAAGAAAUUCAGCACGAAGUGCCUCUCAGUCGCCUCGCCUCACUUAACAAACCCGAAAUCCCAGUGCUUAUCCUUGGUUCUAUUGCUUCGGCUGUCAGCGGAAUGAUCUUCCCGAUCUUUGCGAUACUUCUAUCGAAUGUGAUCAAAGAAUUUUAUGAGCCGCCACGUAUUCUGAGGAAGGAUGCUGAGUUUUGGUCAUCUAUGUUCUUGGUAUUCGGUGCAGUGUACUUCUUGUCACUUCCUUUUGGCUCAUACCUUUUCUCAGUGGCUGGGUGCAAGUUGAUAAGAAGGAUCAGACUGAUGACAUUUGAAAAGGUGGUCAAUAUGGAGAUCGAAUGGUUCGAUUACCCAGAGAAUUCAAGUGGAGCAAUAGGCGCAAGGCUAUCGGCAGAUGCAGCAAAAGUUCGGGGGCUUGUGGGUGAUGCAUUGCAACUGGUGGUGCAGAACUCGGCAACUUUAGUUGCCGGUCUGGUAAUUGCUUUUGUAUCAAACUGGGAGCUCUCUCUUAUUAUACUGGCUCUGAUACCGCUUAUUGGCCUCAACGGAUGGAUCCAGAUGAAGUUUAUUCAAGGAUUCAGUGCAGAUGCAAAGUUGAUGUAUGAGGAGGCAAGUCAAGUAGCAAAUGAUGCAGUGAGCAGCAUAAGGACAGUGGCAUCAUUUUCAGCUGAAGAAAAGGUGAUGGAUUUGUACAAGAAAAAAUGUGAAGGGCCAUUAAGAGCAGGGAUCAGGACAGGAAUAACAAACGGCGUUGGCUUUGGGGUUUCCUUCUUCUUACUGUUUGGAGUCUAUGCAGCCAGCUUCUAUGCUGGUGCACGGCUUGUAGAGAACGAGAAAACAACUUUGCCCAAAGUUUUCAGGGUAUUUCUUGCUCUCAGUAUGGCAGCAAUCGGGGUGUCACAUACUAGUACCAUGACAUCAGAUUCUUCCAAAGCAAAAUCGGCUGUAUCUUCUAUAUUUGCCAUCAUGGACCGAAAAUCAAGGAUAGAUCCAAGUGAUGAUUCUGGGGUAACCCUGGAGCCACUAAGUGGCAACAUCGAAUUUCGGCAUGUGAGAUUCAGAUAUCCAACACGGCCCGAUGUUCAGAUUUUCGAAGACCUAUGCCUGACAAUUCAAUCUGGAAAGACUGUUGCACUUGUUGGAGAGAGUGGUAGUGGCAAAUCAACAGCGAUAGCAUUUCUGCAGAGAUUCUAUGAUCCUAACGCAGGCCAUAUACUCCUAGAUGGAGUGGACAUACAGAAAUUCCAGCUGAGGUGGCUAAGGCAACAGAUGGGGCUGGUGAGUCAAGAACCAUCCCUGUUCAACGACACGAUACGGGCAAACAUUGCCUACGGAAAGGACCAGCAAUCAACAGAAUCGGAUAUCGUGGCUGCCGCACGGUUGGCAAAUGCUCACAAGUUCAUCAGUUCACUGCAUCAGGAGUAUGACACCAUGGUCGGGGAGCGUGGGGCUCAGCUAUCAGGAGGGCAGAAGCAGCGCGUCGCCAUUGCCCGCGCCAUCGUUAAGGACCCCAAGAUCCUUCUACUCGACGAAGCGACAAGCGCGCUCGACGCAGAAUCCGAACGGACAGUGCAGGACGCCCUGGACAGGGUGAUGGUGAACAGAACAACAGUGAUCGUCGCGCACCGGCUGUCCACGAUACAGGGCGCUGAUGUGAUCGCGGUGGUCAAGGAUGGCGUGAUCGUCGAGAAGGGGAGCCAUGAUACCUUGAUCAGAAUUGAGGGUGGCGCGUAUGCGUCCCUCGUCGCGCUCCAAUCAGCAGCGCCGUUGUAG